UCCCGGAAGUGGGUGAAGGCGGUUGUGGUCAGUGUAGGCAGGUGCAGCUCCUACUGGCGACAUGGCUGAUACGGACCCGCGCUAUCCCCGCUCUUCCAUCGAGGAUGACUUCAACUAUGGCAGCUGCGUGGCGUCGGCCAGCGUGCACAUUCGCAUGGCCUUUCUCAGGAAAGUCUACAGCAUCCUGUCUCUGCAAGUUCUCCUAACGACAGUGACCUCUGCCCUGUUCCUGUAUUUCGAGACCUUGCGUACUUUUGUCCAUGAAAGCCCUGCCUUAAUUGUGGUGUUUGCUCUCGGAUCUCUGGGCUUGAUCUUUGCGUUGACUCUGCACAGACACACGCAUCCUCUGAACCUCUAUCUGCUUUUUGCAUUUACACUGUCGGAAGCCCUGACCGUGGCAACUGUUGUUACUUUCUAUGAUGGGCAUCUGGUUCUGCACGCGUUUAUACUGACUGCUGCAGUCUUUCUUGGCUUGACUGCCUAUACUCUACAGUCAAAGAGAGAUUUCAGCAAAUUCGGAGCAGGGCUGUUUGCUUGUUUAUGGAUUUUGUGCCUGGCAGGAUUCUUGAAGGUGUUCUUUUAUAGUCAGACGGUGGAACUGGUCUUGGCCUCUCUAGGCGCCCUCCUCUUCUGUGGAUUCAUCAUCUAUGACACACACUCGCUGAUGCACAGACUCUCGCCUGAAGAGUACGUGUUGGCUGCCAUCAGUCUCUACUUGGAUAUCAUCAACCUCUUCCUGCACCUGCUGAAGUUUCUGGACGCAGUUAAUAAAAAGUAACUGACAGUAUUCAGAGACAGUUUUAUUAUGAAAAAAGUUUGAAUUAUACUUAAGUAUUAAAAGCAUUUGUGAUCUUUA